AAAAAAAUUGACCCACAACCUUAUUUUUCUUUAAUUUUUUAUGGGCUUCGAAAGUUUUUGCGAAUCCCCCACGUUUCGCCCAUUUUCCCCUUCGUUUUUGUUUUCUUCUUUGGUCUAAAGGGUUGGCGUUGAAAUACCCUUUUGAACCCAAAUUCUAUUGACUUUUUUCUUUCUGAACUUUCUUCUGGAUUUCUGGGUUCCUUCGUUAUUUGUACGUUUAUUUCUUAUGCAUUCUGUGAAACGACAAGAAGCUGCUAAAGGUUGAGAAAUUGAAACCAAUGAUAGGGAGAAAGACUUCACCAGGUUUUCUGGUGCUUUUGGCUCUUGGGUUUCUUUUUGCUUCUUAUAACUUGCUUACCAUGUCUGUACACUACAAAGCUUCGAAAGGGAGUUGGUUGGCAGAUGGGUUUAACUUGUUUGAUCCAGUUAUUCGAGUGCCUGGUCGAGCUGAACGGGCAGGGAAAACCAAUUCAAAAUACCAUGUUGCUGUCACUGCAACUGAUGCUCCUUACAGUCAAUGGCAGUGCAGGAUCAUGUAUUAUUGGUAUAAGAAAGUGAAGGAUCUGCCUGGUUCUGACAUGGGAAGCUUCACUAGAGUUUUGCAUUCAGGAACUCCGGAUAAUUUAAUGAAGGAGAUUCCAACUUUUAUUGUUGAUCCUUUGCCAGAAGGCUUGGAUCGGGGUUAUGUUGUGUUAAACCGACCGUGGGCUUUUGUUCAAUGGCUGGAGAAAGCAAACAUUGAAGAAGAAUAUAUACUAAUGGCAGAACCCGAUCAUAUAUUUGUUAAACCGUUACCAAACUUAGCUCACGGGAAGAAUCCGGCUGGAUUUCCGUUCUUCUACAUAAAGCCAACUGAACAUGAGAAUAUCAUCAGGAAAUUCUAUCCUGAGGAGAAUGGUCCAGUGACCAACAUUGACCCCAUUGGAAAUUCUCCUGUCAUCAUUGAAAAGACGCUGCUGGAGGAGAUUGCACCAACUUGGGUGAACAUAUCCUUGAGAAUGAAAGACGACCCAGCUACUGAUAAAGCAUUCGGUUGGGUGCUUGAGAUGUAUGCUUAUGCUGUAGCUUCUGCAUUGCACGGUGUGCGGCAUACGCUCCGCAAGGAUUUUAUGCUGCAGCCUCCUUGGGAUUUAGAAGUUGGUAGGAAAUUUAUCAUCCACUAUACCUAUGGAUGUGACUACACUAUGAAGGGAGAACUGACAUAUGGUAAGAUCGGGGAGUGGCGCUUCGACAAGAGAUCGUUUCUCAAUGGUCCACCACCAAGAAAUCUUUCCUUACCUCCUCCUGGAGUACCCGAAAGUGUAGUAAGGCUUGUAAAGAUGGUAAAUGAGGCAACUGCAAAUAUCCCUGGUUGGGGGGAGUCAUAAACUGGUGAGGGAAGUAACAACAAUCAAACCUUGGUUUUGGUAAAUAUAAUACACACUGUUACUGUUAGCAGCAAAAACUAUGGUGGGGUUUAUGUUUAAAGUCACCAAAAUACCAAUCAGCUUGAGAAGAGAGAACAAUAUGAAGAGGGGAAUGUAACCUGAGAAAAUAAUUGUAUAGUUUUUUAAAUGAAACUUUUGAGAUAAACUUUAUAAUAUACCAUUAAAUUCUUUAGCGCACAG